CCCGCCCGCUCCCCCAGCCUGCUGUCGUUUGUUCCAGCGGUGGAGAUGGAUACCCGGCUGUCUCUCCCCAGGUACCCGCUGCUGGUGCUGCUCUGCUCGGUCUGUGCGCUGUCGGGGACACGAAGCCCAGUGGCCGCUGCGGGGAGGAGCUGCGCCGACACCCGGCAGGUGUACGCGGAGAAGGGGUACAGCACAGGCACCGCACCGCUGACUCAGAUCUCCGGUGAGCACCUGCGGCUCUGUCCUCAGGACUACACCUGCUGCUCCAGCCAGAUGGAGGAGACGCUGGCCCUCCAGAGCGAGCGGGACUUCCUCAGAGCCAUCGAAGAGAACAGCCAGUUCCUUUUGACUACUUUCACCCAGAGACACCGCAGGUUUGAUGAGUUCUUCAGAGAGCUUAUAGAUUUGUCAGAGAAGUCUAUGAACCAGAUGUUUACCAAGACCUACGGACGGCUCUUCACCCAGAAUGCACACGUCUUCCAGGAGCUGUUUGUGGAGCUGCGCAGAUAUUAUUCCGGGGGCAGUGUAAGUCUGUCAGAGGUUCUCUCAGACUUUUGGUCCAGAUUGGUGGAGCGAGUCUUCUCUCUGGUCAACCCCCAGUAUCAGUUUAGUGAGGACUACCUGGAAUGUGUCAGCAAACACGCCGAGCAGCUGCAGCCUUUUGGGGACGUGCCCCGCAAACUGCGUGUACAAGUGUCCAGGGCUUUCAUUGCAUCCAGAGCACUAUCUCAGGGCCUGGCUACUGGUCGGGAUAUUGUUAAUAAAGCAACAAAGCUGACUGCAGAUUCAGAGUGUGUGCGGGGGCUGAUGCGUCAGUGGUACUGCCCUCUGUGUCGAGGCAUGCCCUCCCUGCGGCCAUGCCACUCCCUGUGCCUUAACGUGAUGAAGGGCUGCUUAGCCAAUCAGGGCGACCUGGACACUGAAUGGAACAAUUUCAUUGAUGCUCUGUACCAGGUUUCGGAGAAGUUGGAGGGGCCGUUCAACAUGGAGCUUGCAGCCGACUCCAUCUCUGUGAAAGUGUCGGAGGCCAUCAUGCACAUGCAGGAAAAUAGUGUCAGCAUCUCGACAAAGGUGUUCCAAGGUUGUGGAAACCCCAGGCCAGCUCCAGGACGGUCCAAACGCUCACCCAAAGAGUCAGGGGGCAACAGGAGACCCUUCCGCACCUACAGCCCUGAGGAGAAACCCACCACUGCUGCAGGCACUAACCUGGACCGACUGGUUACCGAGCUGAAGGAGCGACUGAGGCCCAUGCGUGGCUUCUGGGUGUCCCUCCCACACACCAUCUGCAACGAUGAGAAGAUGGCUGCCGACGUCACUAAUGAGGACCGCUGCUGGAACGGGCAGACCCGGGGGAGGUACCUCCCGGAUGUGACAGGCGACGGGCUGGUCAGCCAGAUCAACAACCCCGAAGUGGAAGUGGACAUUGCCAGACCAGAUGUGAGGACCAGACAGCUGAUCAUGGAGCUGAGGGUGGUGACCAACAAACUGAGACACGCUCAGACCGGACAGGACAUGGACUUUAUGGACAGUGAGGAGGGCAGUGGCUCAGGGGGUGGAGAUCACGGUGAAAGGUACAAUGAUGAUUGGCCAGGCUACGGGCCUUACUCUCCCUCCAACAACAAACCUCCUCGUAACCCCGCGUCCAACCCCGCAAAGCCGCCCCGAGUGCGAGAAAAAAACGGGGCCAAGUGGAACAAAAACAACGGCCACGGGCGGGUCAGAUCUGCAGCCAGCCAGCUCACUCUCUCCCUGGUUUCUUUGUUGUCUUUGCCUUUCAUGGUCACUGUUGCCCCCAUGUGGAGAUAGCUGGUUAUUACAGUCUGGAGGUUUUCUGUCCUGCUGGAGUUUCAAAGCACAUUAUGAUGAGAGAAAAAAAAAAUGCCAUUCCAUUUGUUUACACCAGCAGAAAAAAAAUGAAGACAAAAACAGGUUAAUUUAGCAAUAAUCAAAAACACCUGUUUAGAGCACAAAAUAAGUUAAAGUGAAUAUUUUUCCUACUGCCCAAGCCACAAGAGAAGCAUUACCAGGCAUUGACGAUUACAAACAAUACUUAAUUAACAAGUACUGCCAUUUUGUUUUAGUGCCAUUCGUGAGGUGUUUGACCUAUUGGAGUCUCGAUGCUGAAUGGUGUGCAGUGCUGGAGCAUAUAAGCCUUGAGGGGUGAAAAAGAAAUAAAACGGUCAUGGGCUCGUGGUUUGGUGGUCUGCGAGACGGAGAUUAGUGGUGCCAUUUAAUUACCAUGUAGUUUCGAUGAGCAGCUGAUUUGAUCCGAGUGAGUUUGUUUGCUGCCUUUUUCAUGAAACCAAGUUAAUUAUUUCAUUGAUCUUGCUUUCAGUCCAGUUGUGGUUCAUUUGGUUCAUUUUUAUCCCGUCUUGUGUAAGUAGUAAGAUUUAAUUUACUCUCUUAAUUAAAUCUCUGUAUUUUGGCUUGGAGAUUUAAAAAAGUCAAUAGUAUGACUCUUUAACCAAACAAGGGGCUUAUUUUGAAUGUACCUAAAGGCUCAAAUGAAUCUGUGGUUACUUGUGAUGACAAGGGGUUGAUUAAUGUAAUAUAUUGGUGUGUUUAAUUUAUUUGUAAUAUAAUAUUUCAUUGUUCUUAUUGUUAUGAUUUAUAAGGCAAGGGUUGAGAGUUUUUAUCUUUUAAAAGAACUGUUUAUCUUUAACUUCCUCUGGUAUAAAAAGGAAAAAUCAAGUUGUAUUUAUUAAUACUUUUCGUAAAACCAAUCACAACGAAACUCUUAAUAUUAGUAUCAUCACAACGCUGGGCUACAAGACCAGCCGGAGAUUUUUCUGGCGUUUUUAGCCUCAACCAGAGAUUGUUAAGGAGCAAUGUGUGUGAAUGUGUGUGUUUGUAUGAUGGUUUUAUAUUGUUUGUUCAGGUUUUAAGGUUCUAAGUUCAUGUUGAGAAGAUUUUGAGACGUUUUUUAAUACCACGCUUUUCUACUUAUUUUUCCUAAAAGCAACAGGAGACGAUGAAAACAGUGAGCGAGCUCAUGGUGUGAUGUAAAAUUGGAUUGAAUGCGGAUGGAAAGACAAAUGCUGUCAAGAACUGAGAGACGAUGGCUCUUAAUUUUCAUAUGCUGAAUGUGUUUUGACGAAGGUAAAAUCAAAGAAUAUUCAAGAAGCAAAAACAAAACUCGUGAGGGGUGGAGAGCAGCAGAGUGAACUAAAUUAGUUUGACAUUUUGGCAAAGGCAUUUAUUCCCUUGCAGAGAAUUAGAUGAGGAGAUUUAUAUUCUGCUUAUACUGUCUGCACGGUAAAUGUUUGCAGUUGGUUAGCUUAGCUUAGCAUAAAGACUGGAAACGGGGGAAACAACUAGCCUGGCUCUCUCCAAAGAUAACAGCGCCUUUUAAAGCUCACUAAUGAACACAUUGUGGUUUUAUGCAGGAUUAUGUGCUGGAUUAUUUCUUGGCUGGGAGCAGUUGCCAGAUAACCUGUGGAGACUUUAGGAAGUCACUGGUCUUGGCCAAGAAAUAACCACGGCAUAUGGAAUGGCAAAAUGUUGGUUUUAUACUUGGAUUUUUGUAAGAACUAAACCAGAUAAAAGGUUCUGGUUGGCGAGCUUUGUCCGGUCGGCUAGCCCUUCCCCCUGUUUACAGUUUUUAUGCUUAGCUAAGCUAACCAGCUUUUCAAAAUGAUGAACAAUUGAUGAUGAUGAUGAUGAAAGUCGAUUGAUAGGAUCCCAAAAGAGAACAGCGAUACAGACAGAGAGAAUAAAAAGAAUGUAUAGAUGCUGUGAAAGGACACUUUUCUGUUGAAUGAGGAAUUGUGAAAUUCACUUUGCUGUAACAGAAGUACACUUCUAGCCAAAUGGCUUAUUGCACCUGUACAAUACAAACAUUAGCAAGAGAAGGGUUUCAUUUUGCCAAAAAUAUUUCCUACUUUUAAUCACUUAGCAUAUGACUCGGCAUGAGAUUUUAUCCUCUGAGGCAGCAUUCCUGGAUAAAGAAAGGUUUAAAGCUUGGUGUCAAUAUUAAUGAGGGAUUCGUGGCAGCCAUCUAAGUGUUGGAGUAUUUAUGUGAAAUUUAAUUUUGGAACGAAACCCUUCAAAGUCAGUGGGACCAUGUACAAGACUUCACCAUAAACACAGUAUUAUGUUGCACAACUACUAAUGAAAACAACAAUAUUCCACAGUAUUUCUAAAGCAACAGUAUUGUAAUCAUAUGUGCUUUUGAUGAUCAGCAGUCAGAUUAGGAUGUGGUGGCUGCAAUAUUUCCAUUGAAUUUCAGGUUAAAUUGUUCUUUAGUACAACCUCUCAUCCAUUCCCACCGCUCGCACAUUCCUUUAUGGUGAAAGUAUAGCACAACUUUUUUCAUGUUGUUGUAACAGUUUUUUGGUAUCAAACAAGUGAUA